AGUUGACACUGACACAAAACGAUGACGACAAUUGAUGUUAUUUUUUCUGUUUCUAAAAAAUUGUUAUCAAAUUUUCUUAUUAAACUCUAUUCACUAUAGCAAUUGUUACGUUUUAUUGUGAUUAUAAUUAGCUUACGUGUUAUUCAAUACUUACUUGUGUUGUAGUGUAGUAUCUGUUACGGGACCACAAUAUGGCAGAAAUGGGAGAGAAAUAUAACACUAAAUGUCCAGGGGUGAAACGCCUUAUGAGAGAAGCUAUGGAAUUGGCAGAAGCCACUGAAGAAUAUUGUGCACGACCGCUGGAAGACAACCUUUUCGAAUGGCACUUCACGGUACAAGGACCAAAAGGUACUGAUUUCGAGGGUGGUGUGUACCACGGUAGGAUAUUAUUACCUAAGGAAUAUCCUAUGCAUCCACCUCAUAUCAUACUCUUAACUCCUAACGGUAGAUUCGAAGUUAAUAAGAAGAUUUGUUUAUCUAUAUCUGGCCAUCAUCCAGAAACAUGGCAACCAUCAUGGUCUAUCAGGACUGCCUUGUUAGCAUUAAUUGCAUUCAUGCCUACUCCCGCUGAAGGGACUAUCGGCUCAUUAGAUUAUACACCGGCAGAACGUAAAAUAUUAGCAAAAAAAUCCGCAAGUUGGGUCUGUCCCCAAUGUGGGGAUAUAUCAAAUCUCUUAUCAUCUACCGCAGCCAAGCCACCCACUGAGGAGGAGCAAUCAGUAUUGAAUCAAAUAGCAUUUAAAGCAGAAGAAGAACAAGCUCCAAAACCUCCUCCUCUGGAGGAACCAGCACAAGAAGUGGAACCCCAGAUAUUAGAAUCAACUGAGUCAAGCACUAGUUUCUUAGACCAAUUAACAGAGAUUUUAGUGGCUCUUCUUGUGGGAGCUAUAGCCAUAUUUGUAUACAGGCGCUGGAGUACCUGGUAUGCAAUAGCAGAGGCUGAAAUGUAAAUUUUUACUACGCAUUAGAGUCUAAGUAUAGUAUAUAUAUUAUAUAUGUGAUUUGUUUUUAAUUAGUGAAUGUCAAGAAAUUUAUUAACUAAAUUAUCUAAUUGCAAUAAUCUUUUUGUAUAGUUGGCAAAAAUAAUUAUAAAGAUGAUUUUAUUUAAAAUAUACAUUACACUGUAAGAGUGUAUAAAACUAUAUAAUUUUUUGUAUCACCUACUGUUUUUUUUUAAA